GAGCUUCUUAAAAAUCAGAACACAAAAACGAAUCAGUUGGAGAAUUAAGAAAAACAACAAAGAAGAGCUUCAAGGAAUCAUCAACUCAAGACUAUUAAUAAAUCAAAUAAAGAAAGAAAGAUAUGGGUUACUGGAAAUCGAAGGUUGUUCCAACAAUGAAGAAAUUGUUCGAGAGGAGCCCAACAAAGAAGGUUGUUGAAGAGAAGAAAGAAGAGGUUAAACCGGAACCGGUUCCAGCACCGGUGGAGGAGAAGUCACGAGAGGUGGAAAUUGUGGAGGAAGUCGUGAAAACCGAAGAACCGGCCAAAGAAAAAGAAACCAAACCGGAGGAAAUUACUAGCGGCGAGAAAGAGAUUGAAAUAGUUGAAGAGAAGAAAGAAGAGGUUAAACCGGCACCGGUUCCGGCCCCGGCGGCUGCGGAGGAGAAGAAGCCAGCGGCGGAAGAGGAGAAGAAGGCGGCGGUGGAAGAGAAGAAGCCAGCCGUGGAAGAGAAGAAACCUGUGGAGGAGGUGAAAAAAGACGUUGUUGCAGCAGCGCCGGUGAUUGAAACUCCGUCGACUAAGGUCACAGAAACUCCGGUGGUUGAAACUCCGGCGGCUGAGCCACAAAAGGCUUGAGUUUUCUUCAUGGUGCAUUUUUACGAUUAAAAAAAAACAAUGUUUGUAAUGGUGUGGAUAAUUUAUUUUGUCUGUUUAAUUUUUUUAUAAUCCAUGUGAAUUUUCUUGCUUGAA